UGAUUUGUUUGAAAAGCGCCAAUUAUCGGAAUCCGAAGAAUUGAGGUAAGAUUUUUUAUUAUUGUUGAAUCAUUUUAGAUAAUGUAAUGUAAUGUGAAGGGAUCGUUUGUUGAUCUACCAAGUAGUUGCUGUGCCUUUGUUGGCUGCACCCAUGAAGAAAUUAUCUGAGGUGCCCCUUGGGAAAGUCUAGCAACAAACUUGGUGGUGGUUUAGCCGGCAAAGUUUAAAAAUUGCGCAUGCGCGAUACAAAUUCUAUUCAGUACUUCUGAAGAUACUGAAGGUUUUCUCUAUAUAUUUAGUGAUUUGAUUGAAAAGCGUCAAUUAUCGAAGUCGAAAGCCGAAGAAUUCUUGUAUUGAGGUAAGACAUUUGAAAGUUCAACUACUUUGGGUAAUAUAAAAUCGCUUGUUAGCUUGUCAAGUUGUUGCUGUGCCCUUGUUGGCUGCACCCAUGAAGAAAUUAUCUGAGGUGCCCCUUGGGAAAGUCUAGCAAUGAACCGGUUUAUAGUUGUUGCAGUUGACGACAACGUCUUGUCAUAAGAAGCUUUCAUAGCAGUUUACUUAUGUAGAAUUAUAUAUUGAGGUCACGACAGUAAUUUAGUAUUAUUUUCCCUCUAUUUGCAGAAUGGGAUACACCUGCAAGGUUUGUUCAAAAAAGUUCACACAGCUGAGAAGUUUAACUCGUCACGAACGGUCUAUUCAUGGAGAAAAAAGGUUUUGUUGUGAUCAGUGUAGUCAGUCUUUUACACGAAAAGAUGAUUUAAGGAGACAUCAGAAGCGACACGAAAGAACUGUUAGUCAUACCUGUAACAACUGCAGAAAAGAGUUUUACCGUCGUGAUAAGUUGGUGGAACAUCAAAUGCAUUGCCAAGGGAACCCUUUGAAAAGAGGACAUGACGAAGACGAUAGCAGUCCAGCCCCAACGAAAGCACGAAUUGAUGUUCAAAUUGGAGAAGGCGAACUAGACAGCCAAGUUGAAGGAAAUGACAACCCUUGCAGUUCAACAACAGCUUUUGAAGAUUCCUUGAAGAAAGUCGUACUGAAACCUCGAAAAGAUCAAAAGCAAGAUAUGUCUCACUUCUUACGUGGCAAGACAAAACCCAUGUUGAAUCACCUUUCGAAAGAGUUGGUAGAGAAAAGAGGCAUCAAAUGGUUCAUCAACGUCAAAGUGCGGUUUACUAAACCUAAACCCGAUGGUGAAGAUCUGGUCACCGAACCCCACUUCCGCAGUCACUGCAUGAAAACGGUAAACCAGCAUGAACUCGUUAACCAAUUAGACGAAGCCAAGCAGAAAAUUACCCAGUCGUUCGUUGUAUUUCAAAAAGAAGGAAGUGGUUGGGUAUUAGACGAAAUCCUUCAUCUUGACCUGAACCUGGCUCAUUCUGCUCCAGUAAAAGGAUCCAAUUAUGUUCCUCUUGCCAGCAAGCUAAAGACUAAGAAAGCUAUUAUCAACAUCAAGAAUUCUGACAACAAGUGUUUCAUGUGGUCUGUUCUCGCCAGUAUCCAUGAAGUACCUCUCCUCGACAGUUUCAAAAUGAAUUAG